AUGGGUUCAAGAAAAAUUACCAAACUUGGACAGCACAUGGUGAGAGGCGGGGAAAUCCAAACUUGGACAGCACAUGGUGAGAGGCGGGGAAAUCAAAACCUUGAGAAUGGUUCUGAGGUAGAACAUGAGGGAUUUAGUGAGACAGAUCGGAUGGAUGCUAUGUUAGUUGACUUAGCUGGUGAGCAUCCACCAUUAGAUGAUGAAACACCAACUGGUUUUGCCGAAUCCUUCUAUAGAAUGGUUGUUAGUGCAGAUGAGCAAGAGAUGCAGUCCUUCAAUCAUUGGACGGAUAGGCGACCGCGAUCAAGUGAUUUCUUAAAUGAUGUCGAGAGUCAGCCCCCUGUAGCAAAGAGGAUAAGGGGCCGCAAUAAAAUGCUUAAAACUCGCAAUGGUCAGAUAGUCAUAAUACCUGAGGGUGACAAGCCAUUCUGCUAUGCUAAUUACUCAGUUGAUGAUAAAAUGAAGAAAGGCCCCAUCCUUGGAGUGAUUUUAAAGCAAGAAUACCUCAUCCAGAUGCUGUCAAGAGAUGGUGCUGUCAAGAAGGGUACAAUAAUUGAUGCUGCUAAGGCAAGUGGGAGAAGGCCAGCAACCUCAAGGGCUUUUCAAAAUCUGAUGGCAAUAUAUGAGGAGUCAGUUGCAACCAUCGGUCGCUUAACUCAACAAAACGCUGCCUUGGUUCAACAAAAUGCCACAUUGACUCGAGAUGUGAAGUGUAAUGAUCGGGUACUUGAGCUCAUUAUUAACCAAGUACAGACAGAGAUACCACCUGACCUGCUUCAGGAAGAAGAAAAUGAUAUGCAAGUAUUUUGUGGAGCUGUAGUCUUUUGCUCAUCGGACUACAGGUUAUGGCAACAACCAGGGAGGGGCUAUAGAUAG